UGUUCAUGAGACAAAUUAAGAUAAAAUAUGUAUGUCUCCAUCUCUACUGCGACGCAACCCUAAGCAACUAAAAUUGUCAAGCAGCAGCAUAGAAACCAAGCAGACAGGAUAAGUCAUGGUUGCGCGCCUGCAGUAAACAGGUGUGUCCCAUGGCAACCACAACACUCUUGUUCCUUCUCAUCUUCAAGCAUGGCAGAUUCUUUACUGGAUGAGAUGACUAGACUCAAACUCAGAGUACUGGAAAAGAAACUGGAAAACAAAAAGGACAUCAUGGACAGCCGAGCAGAAUCGUCCCAGUCCACAAGGAGUUAUGAUGGACAGAUGGCUGCACUGCACAGUGCACUGAAGCGAAAAAGGGACCUUCUGCAAAGACUGAGGGAGCAGCACAUGUUGGAGGACCUUGGCCGACCUCAUGGCUCACAUAGACAACACCAGUCACAUUCCCAGCCACCACUUCUACCCCCCGUCCCCAUCCACAUCCACCAGCCAACCCUCGCUCUGCCCUCCCUGCUGCCUCCACCAGUCGCUCCACCCCAGCCGCCACGCAUCAUCCAACAAACCAUACCUCAGCAUCCUGCCACCAUUAUACAACAGUUGCCACAACAGCAGCCUCUGAUUACCCUGAUUCCUUCUCCUCAGCCGAACCUCGCACCACGCCCUGGCUCCAUCAAAGAGGACAUGAUGGAGCUGAUGUUGAUGCAAAAUGCCCAGAUGCACCAGAUCAUCAUGCACAAUAUGAUGCUGAAAGCUGUUCCUCCUAUGGCCCUGUCGCCACCUGGAGGGCACAUGCACUCCUCCAUGCACACUACAUAUCUUAGGCAGGACGGUUACCAGGGGAACCCUAUUGCUGUGAGGCCAGACGUCAAACCAAGAGGAAGUGCUGUUCAUCAUCAUCAUCAUCAUCACCACAAUCCUAUCCCUGCAGCACCUCAACUGCCCUCUAUUGGCUAUCCUGCAUGGCUGCCAAUGGUGUCAUCUGUUCCAGCAGGACAAGCAGGAGGACACCUGCCAUCUGCCCACCAUGUGACAGGACCUGUUACACUCCCACCAGUCAACACGUUAGGCUCACUACAGCAUGCUUAACCACACUGCAUUUUUUGUGAACAUUAACAAACACAUUUUUGUGUGUGUGUCUAUGUUUGUGUGUCCUAACAGGACUCAGAUUCCUCUCUGACCACACCCACUCUGACAUACAAUACAAUGAAGCUGCACAGCACUCUUAAAGACAAGAAAAUAAAAAGGAUGAAGAAAUAUA